AUGUAUCUUUAAACUUCAAAAUACCAAGUGCUGUCAAUGAUUGGACAAGGUUCAGCUCAUUAAGUGUUUAAAGCAGAGCAUAAUUUAAGUUAAACAUUAUUUGCAAUUAAAAUGGAAAAAUAUCCAAUGUCUGGCUAAAUAGAUAGUGAAAUUAAAGUCCUUAAGGAAUUAGAUGAAAUAGAAGGAAUCCCUAAAUUAAUACAUCAUGGAAUAACUCUAGAAAAAAAGUAUGAACUAUUUAUCAAUUUAGGAGCUAUCUUAUUCUGCCACUCUUACAUUGUAGCUUACGGGAUUUGACAAAAUCUUAACAAAUAUCCUUAUCUUGUACAUUGGCUAUUGGAUUAAGUCUUAUUGAAACUUUAGAAAAAAUACAUAGGAAAAACAUCUUACAUCUAGAUAUUAAACCAGAAAAUAUCAUGAUAUCAUAAAAAAUACAAAAAAAUUCAUAGGAUAAACUUCUAUAGCCUGGAGUUAUUUAACUUAUAGAUUUUGGCUUAUCUUAGUCUAUAGGAAAUUCAAAAUUCUUAAAAAAUGUAUUUAUUGGUUCGUUAAACUUUGCCAGCAGAGCAUCUCAUAAAGGUGAAUAAUUAGGUUAUAAGGAUGAUUUGGAAAGUCUAUUCUAUGUCUUAAUCUAUUUAAAAAAUUGUAUUUAUGUAUAUUUACAUUAGGUAAAUUGCCUUGGUCUUAAAAACCUUCUAUGGGAUUUAAGAAUAUGGAUAUUAAAUUUAUUGGAGACAUGAAAACUUCCCUCUUUAAUACAAUGACAUUGUGUUCAACAUUUCCUAUUGAAUUCUCGUAGUUUAUGUAAUACAUCGAUGAACUCAAAUAUGAUUAAAUGCCCGAUUAUUCUUUUAUAAAAGGGUUGUUUAUAAAAAUGUUACAAACAACUUCUUUAUCUCCUAGUGUGAAUCAAUUUUUGAAUUAUUCUCCAAUUUAAUCUCUUAAUCAACUAGGAAAUUCUGAAACUUUAGAUAUUCCAGUUGAUAAACAUCUUUUAAAUAACAAUUCUAUUCAAACAUAAAUUCAAGAAGAUAUCAUAGAUACUGAGCCAAUAGUUGUACAUGUAUCUGAUAUGAUUGGUAAAUACACAACUGCUCAAAUCAAAUCAAUUUCAGAUCUAAAAAAUUAAUGA